AUGGUAGCCCUUCGGGGAAUGAUAUUCGGUUCCCUUAUUUUAGCUGCCUCAGUUGUGGCUGCCGAUACAACAACCGAAGUCCUUCCACAAUGCGCGGCCACCUGUGAGCAAAGUGCACUCCAGCAAAAUACUUCGACUUGUUCCGAUAGUGAUAUGAGAUGUUUUUGCACUGAUCAUCUGUAUCAAUCUACCUUGGAGGAUUGUGUUGUUGCAAAUUGCACGGUCACGGAAUCAUUCACUGCCAAACGGCUGCAGUCUCAACAAUGCAACCUUCCCACUCAUCACGGACGCCCCGCUGCAGAUCCCGCUCUCAUUAUUCCAUUGUCCCUUGCGACAAUCCUCUUUGUUACCCGGAUAUUUGCCAAGUACAUGCGUAUCAGUGGUAGUUGGGGGUGGGAUGAUUAUACUAUUAUUGUGGCAUAUAUAUUGGCCGUGACCGUAUUCUCAAUGAAUGUGUCCAUGAUCCAUCAUGGGUUCGGGAAAGACAUCUGGAACAUCACACCCUUUGGGGAAAUAACUGAGAUAAUGAAGAUCUUCUAUGUAUAUGUGUUGGUAUACAAAAUUCAGAUAUCUCUUGCAAAGAUCUCGGUCUGUCUUUUUCUAUUGCGGAUUUUCCAGUCGACAGCAUUUCGCUACACGGCCUAUAUCAUCAUCGGUCUCAAUUCUGCUAUCGCGGUCACCUGGGUUCUGGUGGAUGGCCUUCGGUGCACCCCAGUCCACCUGGCAUGGACAGGAUGGGCGAAGGAGGAGCAGGGGAGAUGCAUCGACUUUAUCGCGGCGACUUUCGCAAAUAGCUUCGUCAAUAUCAUAGUCGACACUAUUAUGGUCGCCAUGCCAGUGUACGAAGUGAUUAAACUGAAUCUUAGCGCACGAAAGAAACUAGGAGUUGGUGUUAUGUUUGCGAUGGGCUUAGUCCUCACCAUUGUUGCAAUACUCCGGGUCGUUGUCUUCUGGUAUAACCGCUGGAACAAGAACCCAACUGUCGAAUUACAGCCCAUCAACGUCUGGUCGGUGAUCGAGUGUCAGAUUGCAGUGGUCUGUGCGUGCCUACCUGCAGCCAGGGCCGUGUUGGUCCGCUUCUUCCCCGGGCUGAUGGGUGGUUCUGUUGGAGAGUCUGACGCACGUAAAGCCACGCGACCGAGUGCUUCUGGAACCAGUGGCAAAAUCUCCCAAACGAUGACCUAUACCGUCGAGUAUAGUAGAAGGGCCCAGGAAAGAGCAUCGAACAGUGCCGUCAAUCUUGUAGAGUUACACCGGGAGGCAGUUUAA